AUGGAGCGUGUGUUCGACGCGGCAGAGCUCCUCAAGUACAACGGUGAGGGCGGGGCGCCCAUUUACAUAUCCGUCAUGGGUAUCGUGUACGACUGCAGCUCCGCUGCCGACUUCUACGGCCCCGGUGCGUCGUACCACGUCUUCGCCGGCAAAGACGUCUCGCGCUGCCUGGCGAAGAUGCUCAUCGACGACGCGGAAGCCAACGCCGACUGGCACAACCUCGCGGACGAGCACCGCAGCACGCUGGACGAGUGGGUGACGAAGUACCAGUCGAAGUACCCCGUCGUCGGCCGCCUCGCAACUGACGAGCGCUUUAUCAAGCGCGGGGCCGCAAUGGAGCCGUGA